AUGUGUUUUGUACCGGGCGGUUCUCGCGUGCCGGCACAGCAGCUUGUGGUAACCUUGAACGGACGCGUGGCCAUUGAUACGCUGCAUGCCGUAGCCGACGGAGGAAGCACGUGUUUUGGUGAAAGCGCCGAAUUGUCAAAAGAAAAGAGUGACCUCACAAUGCGGCAGGACCAUGGCGGCGGUCCCGAGACGGAAGCUUUGAACGACGCCGCCAAAGGCACGUCCGUUACUGGGAGGGCUGAGGCGUUUGGGUGGCGCAAGUGGAGGGUGCGCGGCAGGAUGGGAAGCGUUUGCGCGCAAGCGUAUUGGACAGAGGGGGCCAAAGAAUGCUUGCAUUUGCGCCCGAUUGUGCAGUACGUAUCGCUAGGCCAGGUCGCAGCAAAGGCAGCGCUGAGACACGGAGAUGCGGACGAGACACGAGCUGAGCCAAUGGAAGCCGGCACACGCUUCUACGUACUUGGGCGACGCGCGCAAAAGACACGACAGGCGCGAGGCGGCGCGUCGGUAGGCGGGGAGAUAGGUAAAAAGGCACUGCGGCGGAGGAACGGGCUGUACGGGCUACACGGGAAGAGGGUACCUGCACAAAUCACGGCCGGGCUCGCCGGCUCUGGCUGUCUGGGGGGCGGAACCAAUUUUCACGCCGCGGGCCAAUGGAAGAGCGGUGGCAGCAGAGGGGAAAGCGCCGUUGGCUGCGCGCCGGGGUUUUUUGCUGCCUGUGGGACUGUGAUUUGGCUGGGUGCGGAAAUGCCAGCCAGGCCACCAAUGCGCGUCGAGAGGACUGGUAAUGUGCGGCCAGGGCGAGACAGAGACACAAAAGGGCGACUGUGGGAGAGGCGGCGGCUGGCGACUGCGUGGGCGGCUGGCGACGAUGCCGACACCGACACCGACGCGGAUGGACAUGGGCAGCAUGGGGGUGCUGAUGGUGAUGAUGAUGAUGCUGCUGCUGCUGCUGCUGGGGCGGACGCAAGCGACGCACCGCCGCUCGUAAUGGGUACGUGUAGUGUAGAGAGAAACAUAGUCACAGUCGUCGCGGGCUCAGCCGGGCGGCAGGCUGCGGCUACGGGGGGUGGUGGGCUGCUGCGAUGGCCACGGCUCAUCACAUCCCAUCCUGUCCAUCCUCUCCCACCCCCCCAGGCAAGCGAGUGGGUGGACGGGCAGGGUGACGCGCAAAAUGCAGCUGGUGGCUGA